AGUGGCGGGGUAAGCGCUGUAGUUUGACGCUGUCACGCCGCUCUCACGAUGAGCCGAACCGGGGGGAUCCUCGGCUGCGGUCGGCGUCUUUCUGCGCUCGGGGUCUUGCCGCCCAAGGGACCUCUAGCUGGUAUCAAGCGGCUUCUUUCCACAGCUGAGUUCAGACCUCGAAUAUGUAUUGUAGGCAGUGGACCAGCUGGAUUCUACACAGCACAACAUCUCCUGAAGCAUCACAAACAGACUCAGGUGGAUAUUUAUGAGAAGUUGCCAGUUCCUUUUGGCUUGGUUCGUUUUGGAGUGGCUCCUGAUCAUCCAGAAGUCAAGAACGUGAUCAACACAUUUACACAGGCAGCCCACUCUGACCGCUGCUCCUUUGCUGGGAAUGUGACUGUGGGGAGGGAUGUAACUGUGGAGGAGCUGCAGGAGGCCUAUCAUGCGGUGGUCUUGUGUUAUGGCGCUGAGGACAAUCGGAGACUUGGAAUUCCUGGGGAAGAGCUUGAAGGCGUCUACACGGCAAGAACCUUUGUAGGAUGGUACAAUGGCUUGCCGGAGAACAGAAAUCUGAAGCCAGACUUGAACAGUGAGACCGCAGUCAUCCUAGGUCAUGGGAAUGUGGCGCUGGACAUUGCACGGAUUCUCCUAUCGCCUCUUGAAAUCCUUCGGAAAACUGACAUCACUGAAGAGUCCUUCUCAGCGUUGGCCAGCAGUAAAGUCAGACGGAUUUAUCUUAUUGGCAGAAGGGGUCCCCUCCAGGUGGCUUUCACAAUAAAGGAGCUGCGGGAAAUGAUCAACCUACCCAGCGUUAGACCUUUCCUGGAUCCUGCCGAUUUCAGGGAUCUUGGGGAUGCCAUUAAAGGUGAGGAUCAGCUCAGGGGACCCACAGGUGUAAUCAUCACGACUAUGAAUGACAGUUUUGACACAGCCCAGUCUGUGCUAGAAGACCUGCAGUCUGGUGCCUUGCAGCUCUCCAGUGCCAAGAAAGGCUCUGAUUUAGUGAGCCACAUCCUUCGAUCCCGAGGAGUCCAACCUGUUUCCUUUUUGGAUUGGGAGAAGAUUGAUGCUGUUGAAGUGGCAAGAGGCAAAUUGGCCGGAAAGCCUCGGGAGAAAAUAAUUGAUCAGGAGGAAAUGCUAGAAUUGAUUGGACAAUGAGACUGGACUUGCCCAAGAUUAUCGACACAAUGCUCCUGAGCAAUUCAAAGGUUUGCAACAGUUUGUGCAGUUCCCUUUCAUUGCUCUACAGAUAUGCCACUAACAAUAACAGAUGGUUUUGAAUGUCUGGUGGUUUUGAAUGGGGGUACCAAAAACUUGCUGCUGUCCCAAGCAAUGGAUUUCAUCUACAGUCUGGUACAUCCAUUGUGGUUUUUUUGAACUGGGGAGCUCUCCCUUUCUCUGAAGAUGCUCUAAGCAGCUCCCAAACAGGAGCCGGGUUCUCUCUUUAUCUUGAUCCCUAUAGAAAAGGGGAGGAGCAGCAGAUAAAGUCUUUCAGAGUUUCAUUUUCAAGGAUUAACUGGUGUCCGUGCCUUAUCUGCCUUUUCAAAGAUUUGAGGUUUGUUUUGUAGGGUAGAGUGGGGAUUGAGAGUGGUGGUCCUGUUUUGUUUUAUCCCGAUCUCAACUCCACAUAUAUACAAACCAAUCGAAGAAACUUCUGGACAUGCAUUUCUCCUGGAGUUUUGUCAUUAGAUCUGAUGCCACAACAGCCUUCAUGGAAGAGUCACAAUUAAAUUCACACAGCAUUCCACAUGCGUUUGUCAGCCUUACAAAGGCUUGAAGUGAAUUAAAUUAAAUGAAUAAAUUUUGUAGGUUGCUUUGAACAUUCUGGAUGUAAAAGUAAAAAUCAGCCUUACUCUAGAGGAAAAGGGGAGAUAAAUUUGGACUUAGUAAUCAUGAGGAUAAGUCAGAUAGGAAAGGCAAUAUCAGUCACUUUUCUCAUUAGCUCUGGAAUUCUUUCCUGUUCACAUCCUGAAUUUGCUGUCCAAUUGUGUAUUGUAUAAUCAUUUUUAAAAAAUAAAGCUCUUUCUCAAAUGGUGAACCUGGGUCAGCAGUCUAGACUUUUCAGCUUGUUGCCAAUCAUAAAUCUUUUAGUCACAGCAUAUGCUGUUUAUUCUACUGCUCUUGCAAUUUAAGGAGAUAGAAAAUGCAGAGCAGGGCUCCACAAAGUUGACUUGAUCCUUGCCAGAUUCCUGUGCACACUAAUUUUUCAUAAGUCCUGGGAAAUCAAAAGAAAUAGCUUCUUUUUAUGAGAAAUUCAAACUGAAGUCAGGUUACUAUUAAUAAAUAAAGUAACUUACAUGCAUAUUUAAUAAGCUCACUCCUAAGGAAUAGCAUAAGAAAAAAAUUCAAUAAAGUAGAACUGAGCCAACCAGUCCAUUCCACUACUGCAAAUGUGAAUGUAAAAGUUGUAAAAGUUUUGAAAUGUAACUGAAGAGAGUACGGUUUCACAUCUUUCCCCACUUCUUAUUUGUCUAAAAGAAUGGUUCCACAUCAAGAAGCAACAAUUUCCAUCCAUUCUAGUUCAGCUACUUCUUAGUUGCAGCAAUUAAGAUGGAAAGACCUGGCAGGAUAUUUUUUAUUUAUUCAUAUUGGAAAUUCAAUUUGAAGCUUGAGAGUGAUGCUCAUGUUGGAAGC